AUGGCGCAGAAGCGCGCCACGCCCAAAGGCAAAGGCCGCGCAUCUACAGGCGGCAAGAGUACAGCUGCCGGCACUUCAAAAGCACGAGCUAGCACAGGGAGGAAAAGCACAGGAGGGAAGCGCACGUCCACCGGUCGGACACAACCCGGUGACCCCGUUCCCAAUCGCAAGCCUCAUCGAUUCAAACCCGGCACAAUAGCAUUGCGCGAGAUUCGACGAUACCAGCAAUCGACCGACCUCUUACUACUCAAACUUCCCUUUGCCCGCCUUGUCCGCGAAGUCGCACAGGAUAUCUUACCUAGGGGGUCACAAGAGUUCCGGUGGCAGAGCCAAGCGAUCAUGGCUUUGCAGGAGGCGACCGAGGCGUUUCUGGUGCAUCUGUUUGAGGAUACGAAUCUGUGUGCAAUACAUGCGAAAAGGGUCACGAUCAUGCAGAAGGACAUUCAGCUGGCAAGGCGGUUGCGCGGCGCCUGGGGUGGGAUGGGUUGA